AUGGCGGAGGAGCCUGCAGCUAAGCGUUUUAAGAGAAACCAUGACGAUUACUUACCAGGUAACAUCACUACGAUUGAACUCCACAACUUCAUGACAUUCAAUCAUGUAACAUGUAAACCUGCACCACGUCUCAACAUUGUUGUUGGACCUAAUGGAGCUGGAAAGAGCUCUCUAGUUUGCGCUAUCGCACUCGGUCUUGGUGGAAAGCCUAAGCUUCUAGGAAGAGCUUCUAAAAUUGGUGCUUAUGUGAAACGAGGGGAGACAUCUGGGUUCAUUAAGAUCACCUUGAAUGGUGAUCGCAUGGGUGAAUCUAUCACCAUUACCAGGAAUAUAUACACCGACAACAAAUCUGAGUGGAUGAUCAAUGACAAACAAGUGCAUAAAUCAGAAGUGUUGGAAAUCAUUCAGAAGUUUAAUAUUCAAGUUGGUAACUUGACGCAGUUUUUGCCGCAGGAUCGUGUAUGCGAGUUUGCGAAGUUAACUCCGGUGCAGCUACUGGAGGAGACUGAAAAGGCUGUUGGUGAUCCGCAGCUUCCAUUACUGCAUACCACUCUUGUUGACAGAAGUUCUGAUUAUAAGAGACUUGAAGUGACAAUCAAGCAUAAUCGAGAUGCUUUGAAUAAAUUGAAUGCGCUCAAUGUCGCGCAGGAAAAAGAUAUAGAGCGUGUUCUUCAUGGAAAGAAUCUUCUGAAGAAGGUUGAAUCUAUGAAAAAGAAGUUACCGUGGCUCAGAUACGAGCAGAGAAAGAGUGAUUAUAUGAACGCAAAAGAGGAGGAAACUGAUGCGAUGAGAAAAAAGGAAACAGCUGCUGAGGAUUUAAGUGAUCUCCAGGGGCCUAUAGAAGAACUGAGGAAAAAUCUAGCAGCACAAGAAGAAUUAUGCGAGAAUGCAAGCAAUAUUAUGGCCACAAACUCGGAAGAGCUUAUUGAGAAGCUACAAGAGGCACACCUUUUGGAGGUGCAAGUUCAGGGAAAAUAUGACGAGAUGGAAGAGCUGAAGACGCAAGAUGAAACUCGCCAAGAAAGGAUUGAAACCGCUGAAGAACAACUUGCAGUUGCUCAACAAGCACUGGAGAAUUUACCAGAUUAUGAUUACGAGUCUCCGAUGGCCGAGCGUGAUUUGUUGGGUACGCAAAUAGUGGAGUUGAUAAAUUCUGCGAAGGAAAAGCGUUUCCAGGAGUCUGAGAAUGAAUAUUGUUUAGGCCAGAAGAAACGCACGCUUAACGAGUGCUUGGAUAGGUUGACGGAUAUGGAAGAUGACAAGUAUAAGCUUCUGCAAGCUUUGAAAAGAUCUGGAGCUGAUAAAAUAUACGAGGCUUACCGCUGGUUGAAAGAACACCGGCAUGAGUUUAAAAAGGAAGUGUAUGGUCCUAUCCUCCUUGACGUUACUGUUCCGGAUAAAGAUCAUGCAUCAUAUUUGGAAAACCAUGUCGCUUCUUAUAUCUGGAGAUCAUUCGUAGCUCAGGACGCGGAUGAUAGAGAUAUCUUGGUUGAUGGCCUUAAGCAAUUCGAUGUUCCGGUUCUGAAUUACGUAGGAGGAAGAGGAAAUGAAAGGGCGCCUUUGCAACUUUCAGAAGAGAUGCAGAAGUUUGGAAUCUACUCCAGGCUUGACCAAGUUUUUGAUGGACCUAACGCUGUCAAGGAAGUUUUGAUUAGCCAAUUUGGACUGCAAUAUUCAUAUAUUGGGAACAUGGAAGCUGAUAGGCAGGCUGACCGUGUCCACCAACUUGGUAUAUCUGAUUUAUGGACUCCAGGGAAUCACUACCGGUGGAAGAAAUCUAGAUAUGGUGGCCAUGUUUCAGCAAGUGUUGAUUCAGUAUCUCCGUCUCGUCUUUUUCAGUGCAUUGUUGAUGCUGAUGAAGUUCAGAAACUCAAGUCAAGUAAAAGAGAACUGGAAGACACUAUUGCCGGUCUUGAAGAAAACUGCAAAAAGCUCCAGAGUGAGCAAAGACAAUUGGAGGAUGAAACAGCUAAGUUAAGAACGCAGCGUAAAGAUAUCAUCAACACUAUAUGGCAAGAGAAAAGAAACCGGCGCAGAAUGGAGAAUCAUGUUGAUCAACGAAGAAUCAUGUUAGAGUCUAUUGUUAAUGAGGAUGACUUGGAGACAAGCCUGCAAAAACUCGGUGAUGAAACUUCCGAAUUGAACACGAAGCGGUUCCAUCUUGUACUUGGAAUUAAGGACAUGCUCACUCAGGCGCUGUCUUACGAACGGAGUUACGCUGAAAAGAGCAUGACAUCCGUUGAGCUUGAUGGGGAGAUAAGGGAGAUGGAACGCAGUACCAAAAAACAAGAGCAAGCUGUUGCAAAGGCGUCCAAGGAGUUGAAUACGUGUAGGUGGGUAACAGAGAGGAGCAGAGAAGAACUCUCUGAUGCCAAGAGACAUGCUGAAAGAAUUGCCAAGAUCACUCCUGAACUCUCACAAGAAUUCCUUACGAUGCCUAACACGAUCGAUGAAUUGGAAGCUGCAAUUGAAGAGAACAUUUGGCAAACAAAUCUCAUUCUCCAAUUGAACCGCAAUGUUCUGGAGGAAUAUGAAAGCCGCCAGAAGAAGAUACAAGAAAUUUCAAAGAAGCUGGAAGCAGAUGAGGAGGAGCUAAAGAUGCGUGCGGCUGAUAUACACAGCUUGAAGGAACAGUGGCUUCCAACACUGCGAAAUCUGGUCGCAAAGAUAAAUGAGACAUUUAGUCGUAAUUUCCAAGAAAUGGCAGUUGCAGGAGAAGUUUCAUUAGAUGAGCAUGGAAUGGAUUUCGACAAAUACGGGAUACUUAUCAAAGUAAAGUUCAGACAAACAGGAAGACUUCAAGUCCUGAGUGCUCAUCAUCAGUCAGGAGGGGAGCGCUCAGUUUCCACCAUUCUUUAUCUAGUUUCUCUGCAAGACCUUACAAACUGUCCUUUCCGUGUCGUAGAUGAGAUUAAUCAAGGUAUGGACCCGAUCAACGAAAGAAAAAUGUUUCAGAAGCUAGUGAGAGCAGCCAGCCAGCUCAAUACACCACAAUGCUUCUUGCUAACACCAAAGUUGCUGCCGGAUUUGGAAUAUAGUGAUGCAUGUAGCAUGUUAACUGUUAUGAACGGCCCUUGGAUCAAGGGUGCUUCAAAAGUAUGGAACGCUGGUGAUAGUUGGGGAACCUUGAUGAACCAUAUCUUUGCAUGUGAUGGUUGA